AUGUACGUCAUCAGGGUGCACUCUGCAGAGGAGAUAGAUGAUGCGAUGGUGCUGUUGUCAGUAUUGGCGCAUGUGAAAUUGGAGGUGACUUCUCCACAUACUAUUGUACUCAAACUCGAAGGAGAUAAUCGACUCCGGAAGAAGACCAUUGAAGAGAAACUAGGGUGCCUACGUUCGUUCAUGAGAUGGCAUGCAGACGACGCGGACAUCGAAAAAUGUAUCAAUACGGAGGAAGUCCGAGCUAAAUAUAAUGUUUCUGGAACGAUAGAGGCUGAAGAAAACCAUUUCUCCCAGACCCCAACUCCUGUUCCGACUACAUGUCUUCAAACCCCUUUAGAAGUUCUUCCAGAGCGGAAGAACUUCUAA